CCCAAUUUAUCUCUGACAGUGACGGUAUUUUAUUGACAAUUAAUUAAUUCAUAAAAAUACAGAUGUGAAUAUUUUUUGUACAUACACUUCUCUGUGCGGGCACGAUGUUGGCCAUAUUGGUUUGUUAAAAAUAUAUAUGAUGCAUCGCUGCGUAUACACGCUCAUCAGUGGAAGCGUGACGGAAAGUAGGAAAUAGCUGGAGUACUUGUAAUGUGUAUCUUUUUACAUAAAAGGUAGUACCGGACAGAGCACAUUAAUAACUAGAUUGUUCCGAACAUCCUACGCCCAUGGGUGUCAAUGGAAUAGUAAUGCCAUCGGAAACAUUUCUUUACGAUACGGAUAAUACUACCCUGAGGCAUCGAAUACUGAUCAAGUUCUCCACCUCGAUCAUCUCUGAUAUUUCACGAAAGGGGAUGCAUUCAAAAUGUCACCAGCAGCUCGUGAUGAAUUUGUUCUGUUUAUGCUCAGAUUGAGGUUAUGAAACUGAAGAACUGUGAAGAAACGGCUUGACAAUAAUUGUGUCGUCAGGCAGAGGCUCGUCACUGGUGAUCGAUCCAUUACCUCAGGCUGAAUCUUCCUAAGAACAGGUAAUUGGCCAGUGUACAUCUGUAUCAUGAUGAUUAUGUGCUGGGUAAAACCUUGAUUAAGAACUUGUAGCGCAAGGCUAGGACAGCAUGAGUCGAUUAGCAAUUGGUUGAGAACAGUUGCAUUCUGUUUUGGGUUUGCAAUACAAGUUAGCCAGUAAACAGAGAACAUGGUACAUCCUUUCUUAGAAAAUGACGUCUGGUGUUACUGGCUCGUUUCGGCCGGAGCAUUGCUGUCUUUUGUCGGUCUCGUUGUAGCUUGUAUCUGCAGCUGUCGAAGAAAUGAGAAUAAGAGCGAGUUUCUGGGGCUUGCAGGUAUGGUAACGAUCACCCAUUCUGAUAGUGAAGGUUUUAACAGGCUACCGACGUCGGAUGUCUCCCAACUUGUUUCACAAGACUCCACAGAUGCUGGAAAAAGAUCAACAAGCAGCGCUAACAGAAGUCUUCCGGAUAUUCCUAAGGAUAGAAGUGCCAAUCAAGAAAACAGAAUUACAUCGAAUCCUCAAGAUGCCAUUUAUGAAGUGACAGAGACUGCUGGGGAUCCAUUAGAACUUUAUGCUACGGUGAAAGAAAAAGGUGAUGCACGGAAAACCGAGCAAGAAGCACAGGACACCUCCCAAGAAAGCACUCUGUUACAAAAUGACAGCGUAUCUCCUUACGCGAGGCUCAAGAGUCCUGACAGAAGCAAUGAUGAACAUCCUUAUGCACAACUUCAAAAUAUUCAAAAGACUGAUGGUGAUCAACCAACUAGAAGUACUGCCACCCAUGCAAUGGAUAGUAACAAGCCAUCUACGUCAAAUAGCCAGCCAAGUGUAAAUCCAGUCGCUCCUCCAAGAACCCGAAAGUCAUCGUCACAAAAUUCACUACUAACAGUGGAACCUGUGUCCGAUAUUCAAGCUGCUACAGCUAUCAGCGGAGGUGUCCAUGCCAAUCAAGAUUUACCUUACAUGACACCACCAAUACUGAUGCCUCUGCCUCAGCCUCCGCAGCCUCAACACGGUAGCAGUCCUCAGCAACAUUUCAGCGGAGACUCUCAGGACUCAAAGGGCUACACGAGUAUCAGUGUAAGAGAACCUUUGGCAAAUAUACUAGCACAAACUAAAGCGGCACAUCAGCAGCGACACGCAACACGAGCUCUCACCGAUCCACAUUAUGCUACAGUAUCGGAUGACUCAGACGAGAUGUAUGCUGCCAUCGAUGAACAAGAAAAGGUGUACACCAGUGGUAGUGAAACUUAUGCUCAGAUCCAACCAAUGACAGCAGACCCAGUCCGAGUUGUCCAAACUGAACAUCCAAGUACCAGCCAACCCCUACGAGUUGAUGAAUCCCAUGUGGCUGCUCCUCAACCACCCAGUGUCGACAGUCUACGCCACGUAGCCCAUGCUCACUCUAGACAAGCGUCAUCUUCAAGUGCCACCAGCUCCGUAGCCAACCUGGGCUCCCCGAAGCCAGAGAAACGUCAAGCCAAUUCUCCGUUACCACCACCUCCGGAGGGAACAUCAGACAUGUAUGCUCUGAUCGACAAGCGCAAAACCGACGACCGAUCGCGAUCUAGCGUCUCCUCGGGGAAGUCCCUGGAGGACAUGUACGCGAAGGUCAUCAAGAAGAAGAAGGAGCUGGAAGAUGGAACCCUGGACGGCCAGACGAGCACUAGCACGACUUCCAGUACGGACGUGUCUUCCUUCCCCUGCAGGAAGCUCAGUCUCGUGGAAAUCAGUCGCGCCUCCUGGAGCAGCCACGACUCCGUGGAGAUCCAGAAAAGGGAGCCCGAGCCCCUGCAGCACUCCAACGCCCUGAGUUCCCAGGGUGUCGCCGGAGUGGAGGUCGUCGACCAGGACCAGCCAGCGGCCCCGAGGAAGUGUGACCUCACGGCUCGUCGCCUGAGCCUCGAGCUGGACCACGGAUACGAGGCGGUGAGCUCGAGUCGCAUGAGCAUUCCCAUAACCAGGUCCAUUUCUAGGAACGAUCCUAACUACGAGGUGCUACGGCCUCAGUACUCCAAGGACGAGCACCAGGUCGGCUCCUCCGCUGCCAGGAACGGCGAUUUGCUGGCGAUGUACUCGACCUCCUUGAAGCACCGCCAGACCAGCAACGCGAGCAGCGAGGACCCGGGUUACGAGAGGGUAAGGCUUCGCAGGAGAGUCGACCUGGACCUGGACACGGACUCGGAGCCGAACUACGAGAGCAUGCCCCAUGACCCUGGAGAGCCCAACUACGCCUCCGUGUGCCGACCUGGGGACAGCGAUACGGACCCCAACUACGAGUCCGUCAGCCAUGGGGAUCCGAAUUACGAGAGUGUCAAGUACAUGAGUCUGGCGCAAACCGAGGAUCCUCCUUACGAACAAGUCAAUAGCUACAAACCCGAUAACCCGGACGGCUACGAGAAGGUGAAACGAGCCAGGAACGUCGAUCCUGAUUACGAAAAGAUCAAUCGGAAUUACGUCGAGAAAAAGGUCGACAAUGGCGACACCGACGAGGAGCAGUACGUCCAGGUCUAGGGGGGCGAGUCUCACGUUAUCGGUUAUGUUUAGAAUUGUCUAUAAAUUGAGAAUUGGUUAAGGAAGCGCUCUAGGUAUCUCGAUACGUUAGGGACGCGUCAAAUUGUGCCGAAGAGGAAGUGCGACUCUAGGUGUAUCUUGAUAUGUCGAAUUUUUUAAGACUUCCGGUGCGAAGUUUACGUUACCGCGAGACCGUUGAAUCGCUUAUUGUGCAUUCGACAUGUUCGACGUUCGCGGGGAGCUACGUUGUUGACGGGUACGGUUUAAUUGGCCAAAUGCAUUUCUACCGAAUUACGAUAACACGAAUAAGACUGAGAAACGUUUAUUAACGAGGAUAGUAUACGAGAGCUGCGUUAUGAUUCGAAUUAUCGGACCUUGUUAGACCCGCCGAUCGGUUAUACUCGGUCGUAAGGUAGUAUUAGACUCGGCUAAUACUUCAUGUUGACUACUCUCGACGAGUAGUAUUGUAGGAAGGGAUAGAGAGAGAUUAAUUUUAACGCCGUAAGUACCGCCGAGAGACUCCAGGAAAUGAUUUAUCCGGCUCGGCCCACUUUGCAACGUCGCGUGAACGGAAUAUCGCUGCCACUGUAAAUAACAAUAUAUAUACAUAUAUAUAUACACGCGCAUAUUUAUAUAUGUAUAUACUAUAUAUAUAUUUUCUUUUUCGCAGCGUAUAUUUUGCGCGGAUGUUGAGGCUAAGUUAUUUUUUAUUUAUUUAUUCGCGAGGCAUUCCACGAGGGCGAGCUGACGAGAGCGUGGAUGCGGAAUGAGAGGAGACUCGAGUUUUACGAUUUUUCUUUUUAUUAAGGAAGUUAAUGCAAUCGGCGGGCCGUUUAUACUCGGAAUUUGAACUGUUGGGAACGCGAACUCGCAGACGCGUGUCGGCUCGAGGCUUUCCCCAGGACGGUUAUCAGCUGGCCCGUGUUAUCACGAUCUAGCUUUACGAAUUGGUGCAAUUUUCGAGCGUGGGAUCGCGCGGCUCGGCCGCGCGAGACCGAGGCUUGCGAUUAGUAUUUAAGUUGCCUUUAAGUACGAAAUGAAAUAUUUUUCUACGCCACGGCAUUUAGACAGUAAGACUGCAAGAUGCGACGUAACGAGGGGAAGAGAGAGAGGGAGACGGGGGGGACCGGUGAAAAAUAAUUGCGUUCGGUACAUCGAACUUUCCUUCUCAAUUUCUAUUUCUCACGCCUUUACCGAGGGCUUAGAAGAGACGUUAAAAAAUAAUCCAUCCCUGGUAGGCGGUAUUUUUUGUAACGAACUCGUGCUUUGAUAACGCGGCGUAUUUGUUGUUUAUAUCGCAUGGAUGUUAACUAACGCUGUUAGCCGUAGCUACCGAACCUGGUGAUCGGACGUCGGUCCUGUGAUAAUGAGAUGAUAAUUCGCCAGAGACUCGGAUUAGUGUAAAAGUGCCAGGACGCCGUGUCGCGUGUCUCCAAAUUCGAAAUGUAUCCAGGAAUUGAUCACGUAUCGACGUUAAAAGUAUUUACGGUAGUAUGAAAAACUAAUGAAAUGUUUAUAAACAAGUUGUAACAAAAAAAUAUGAAAUUUCAUGGGUGUCAGGACCUUUCUUAGGGCUUCUGUAUUAACGUGGUGAUGUUAUAAAUGAUUCGGGAUAUCCAGCUCGGAAUGAAAAACGUCACGCUGCCGUUUGUAGACGUAGGACUUGUAUUUCGAAUCUGGAGAUUUAUGGAGGUCGUCUACGAGGAAGCUUACGUGUCAAGCUGGUUCCACGGUGGCGAGGAAUCGAAGAUUUACGUUAAUUAUCCUCGACGUUCUGUAUCCGAAGGGAGCCUGGAAAGUAAUUAGGCGGGAGGAUGUAGAUACACGUUUCGGUAAUGCGUUUUCCACCUAACUUGUCAUUUAUACGCACUGUCCACGUGUACAUACCACGAUAUUUUAUAUCAAUAGACCCAUUGAUACUGGCUA